AUGGAGGGGCUGAUGCAGAACACGACCCUGGAGACGAUAUACCCCCGGGAGGCCACGAUAAUGGCGGCCGCUUGCGCGUGCAUUUUCAGCGCGGUCGGCGUAGUUGGCAACUUCAUCACCACCGUGGCGCUGCUGAUGCACCCGAAACUGCGCGGUCACGUGACCACAAUGUUCGUUCUGUCGCUCUGCGUGUCCGAUCUUCUCUUCUGCAGCAUCAACCUACCGCUGACUGCCAGCCGGUACAUAAAGCAGCAAUGGACGCUAGGCCCCCGCUUGUGUCAGAUGUUCGCCUUCGUGUUCUACGGGAACGAGGCGGUGUCACUGUUGUCUAUGGUCGCCAUUACCAUAAACAGGUACACCCUGAUCGCGUACUACGACAUGUACUCGCAGAUCUACACCACCACCAAGAUCUGGGUACAGCUGCUGCUCAUAUGGCUGGUGUCCUUCGGUAUCAUGAUACCCCCGCUGCUCGGCGUUUGGGGGCAACUGGGCCUGGAGCCAGACACCUUCUCGUGCACGAUCCUCCCGAAGGACGGCAUGUCCCCGAAGAAAUACCUCUUCGUGUUCGGCUUCGCCCUGCCCUGCGUGGUGAUCAUCGUCUCGUACUCCUGCAUAUACUGGCGCGUGCGUGAGAGCAAGAGGAAACUGGAGGGCCGCAGGUGUGUAUGUGGCAAGCUCAGCGGCCAGACGGCGAGGGAGAAAGAAGAAGACUCCCGCCUCACCACUCUCAUGCUGACCAUCUUCCUCUGCUUCCUCGCGUGCUUCCUCCCGCUGAUGAUCAUGAACGUGACCGACGACGGCAUCACCUACCCGUGGCUGCACAUCAUCGCCUCCAUACUGGCAUGGGCGUCCAGCGUGGUCAACCCGCUGAUAUACGCGGCCACCAACAGGCAGUACCGAGCCGCCUACGCCAACCUCCUGAAGCUCUGCAGGAACAGCCCCAUGGCCAAGAGGACGACGUGGGGCAGCCGAACAGUCGGACACUCCUCCAACUCCCCCAACUACCCGGACAAACGGAAUACGAACAACCAGCCGACGAAGUUA